GUGAAAAGAAAUCACUCAUGAUGAUUUGACUAUAUCCCUAUUUGUUCCAACUUAAUGGACCGUUAAGCAAAACUGUUAUCUUAAAUUCUGUUUUUAAAUAAUGUUAUUAGGAUUUGAUAGAGUUGUAUUAAAUUUUUCGCAAUUCUCCAGUUAACUCCUUAACCUUGUUUCACUUUUACUUCUUCACAUUUCUGCAAUUUAGCUUCACGUAAGUGAUUCUCUUUUUCGACAUUGGUUUGUCUCUGUUUUUUUCCAAGUUCUUCAUAUUCUUAUAAUGUUAUAAUGGUGAGAUUAUCGGAUCUCAUUGAUCUAAAUGAAGGAGGGACGACGAGGAAGUUUCUUUCAGAUAAGAGAAAUGGUGGUGAGGAGGCUCCGCGAAAUAGAUUGGAGCAGCCAGUAGAGGCUUCCUGUAGCUUCUGCAUUGAAGGAGAUGACAAUGCUCUGUGCGCUUAUCACAUGACAAAUGAGUGGUCAGAGAAGAACUGUUAUGUGAAUGAGGCUCCAAUGAAGAAACUGAUCAGUGAAGAAUUAUCAAGAAGUAAUCCAAAUUCAGGACAGAAUGCACCUAGUGUUGUCGCCCGUCUGAUGGGCAUAGAUAUGUUAUCCGUGGAUACAAAACCAUCGACAAAGAAGGUCGAAAAGAAGAAUGAGGUAUGUAAUAUUGACAGACGGAGUAAUAGCCUAAAGCUCAACAAACUUAAACCCCGAGAACAUCCACAGGAAGAGGAACUACAAAAGUUUAAGAAGGAAUUUGAAGCAUGGCAAGCAACAAGGUUUAAGGAAUGCUCAAAAAUUGUUGAACUUGGCACCAAUACCGAUCAAUGGUUGGCACAACGACGCCUGAACAAGGAAAAGUUGGUUCUUUACGCAAACUCAAAGAGACUUGAUGUUUCUUCAACUCCUACAAAGAUUGUAAUUUUGAGGCCUGUUUGUGAUAGGACGGGGAAUAAUGAAGAGUCAUGGGCUAGUUCUCAUAGCAUAUCCGAAGAUGGGAGUAGUAUAGAAGAAUUUCUUCAGGAGGUUAAGGAAAGACUAAAAUGUGAAUUGCAAGUAAGGAAUUUCAGAAGGAGCACUACUGUCAUUGAGACCUCUUAUACCAAAAAACCAUCAGAAGCAAAGAAGAUAGCUCAAUCUAUUUCAAAACAGGUGAGAGAGAGUGUUACAAGGGACGUUGGAACGACUCUAGCCCGAUCAAAAUCAAUGAGGUCUUAUAGAAGUGAAAUUCAAUGUGAAGGAACUGGUUCUCCUGAUUUCACCAAUAGUGAUACAAGGAGAUUUUUGGAAAGGAGCAGAGCUGAAGAAAGCAGAUAUAUUGCUAAUAAAGUGAGACAUAGGGACCAUAUGAAAGACGAAUCAGACAUGCAGAGCAGAUAUUUCAGACAAGAGUUGAGUAAUAAUGUAAUGCUUGACCAGGAACUAUUUCAUAGGAACCUAGUUAGAUCUUUGUCUGCUCCUGUGUCGCGGUCAUCAUUCGGAAAGCUUCUCCUAGAGGAUCAACAUAUGUUGACGGGGGCGCAUAUUAGGCGAAAACAUGAAGCUUCCGAGAAGGUCAAAAUACAUGCCAAAAAAUGUAGAAAGGAGAAAUUCAACCUUAAGGAAAAAGUUUCCAGCUUUAAAUAUAGUUUUGUACUUAAAGGAAAGCUCUUUGGUAGAAAGAUUCAAUCUUUGGAGGAAUCAAAUGGAAACAAACAGAUUCACAUGAAAGAUCUUCUGAGCACACAAACUGUUGCAUCCAAAUUUCAUGAGAAUUCUACUGAGGUGCCACCAAGUCCUGCAUCUGUAUGUAGCACUACCAAUGAAGAAAUUUGGAGGCAAACAGAUUGUUUCAGCUCAUCAUCAACCUCAGAUAUACAUCCGCCGGAUGAUAGUGAAAUGCCUCAUGUUUUCAAAGAGAUAAGCUCUAAUCUGAAUGAGCUAAGGAGGCAAUUGAAUCAGCUAGAAACUUAUGACUUUGAGGAGACAAUGAUUGAUGAUCAGUCUGUCGAAGAGGAGAUAAUGGAGAUUGACGAUCCUGCUGAAUCGUUCGUUAGAGAUCUUCUUGUUGCUUCUGGUUUAUACGAUGGUUCAUGCGAUAAAUAUCUAUCAAAAUGGGAUCCACUCGGAAAGCCUAUCAGCAAACAAGUUUUUGAAGAAGUCGAAGCGUCUUACAAGAAAAAGACAAAUGAUAUUGAAGAUGCAUCUACUAUUGAUCAAUUCCAGAAGUUCAAUCACAAGUUGUUGUGUGAUUUCUUGAAUGAAGUACUUCGGGAUGUACUUGGAGUACCUUCCACAGUUUCAAGUUCUAUGAAAAGUACUAUUGCUCUGACUGCACGACCUCUACCUCUACAGGGAAAAAAGUUAUUAGAAUGUGUAUGGGAAAUUGCCCGAGUUUAUGUGGAUAUGUCAUCUCAAUCUUUCGAAACUAUACUAGCCCGAGACUUGCAAUCCACACGUUGGGCUGGAUUAGUUGAUGAAGAUGUUAAUGCUCUGGGAAAAGAUAUUGAACACCAGAUUAUUGGUGAUCUUAUUCAUGAAAUGAUCAAUGAUAUGAAGCCAUAAUUUUGUUCUGUCUUGCUCUUCUAUAUUUCUAUUAUUCGUAAGUUUGCGAGAGGGGGGAAAAUAGGUGCUUCUCAUGACUCGUGAAAAAGUUUCGGAAGCAGACAAUAUCAUACCAUACUAAGAGUGUUUGCUGAUAGUCUAAUUAGCCCAACAUUUCCUCCAAAGAAAGAUUGAGAUUGAGAACCAAAUAUUAGGUGAUACAAUUCAGAAAGUCAAGUGUGUUAUAGAGUCAUAAAACUUGAGGUGGGGCUGUGGUCCA